AUGACAUUAUCAUUAUUAUUUAUCCCUAGAAACCGCAAAGUAGAUUUUGAUGUUGAAAUAAUAAUAGAGGAACUUUUAAAUGUUCCUUUAAUAUCAGGACUCUAUUAUGUAAAAUGGAAAUUGAAACAUGGAUCAAAAUCAAAUAAGAUGACUCAUAGAGCACCUGUUAAAGAUCAUUCAGUGCGUUGGCAGUAUAAAUUACAAGAUAGAGUACAACUUGUUAUAGGCAAAGAUAAUUUCUUAUUACCCUGCGCGUUGUCUCUAUCGAUAAAACAGGAGUUAAAUGGUGGCAAAGAAAUCAAUAAUAUUGGAAGAUUAAAAAUCAAUCUUUCUGAAUAUGUUGGGUCCACUGUAAUAACCAGACACUAUUUAUUACAAGAAAGUAAGAUUAACUCUACAUUAAAGAAAACUCAAAUAUAUAGUGGUCUUACUGGAAUUAUAUCAGAUCGUGAUGUAGAAGAUGAUGAAGUAUCAAUUGUUGGAUUAAGUUUUAAUUUUGAAGAACAUUACUUGGUAAAAUCUAGAUCAACAUCUUCACUGAGAUCUGCUUAUUAUGCACAAGCAAAUCACACAACACCAAUAACUUCAUCAUUGGCAGCAAAUAAUUUUCUUCUUAGUGUUGGUGGCAAAUCCUCAACUGAUGUUAUUGAAGAAAUAUUUAAAGGAAAUGAUCCUAACAAUGUUAAAGACGAUGACAUGCGUAACUCUGCAAUAAUUCCAGAGUCUUUAAAAUAA